AUGAGUUCUUGUUUUGUACCAAACGGGGCCAGCUUGGAGGAUUGCCACUCCAAUCUAUUCUGUCUGGUAAGAGAUUUAAAACUAAAGGAAAAGCAGCCAUUUUUAACUAGCUGAAAAGAGCGAGCUAACGUUAGUAGCCACAGCAAUGGAAAAGCAGGCAGGGCCUGCGGAGCACUGCAAUUCAAACAUCAUGCACUAAGGCAAUGUGUAUUUGCAUACUGUGAAGUUGUGCAAGAUUAAAGAAGAAUAGUGUUAUCUGUCACUUGCAGCUGCAUGCAUGCUGUUUGCAAUCAUAAAUGUUCAGUUUGAUCAUAUUCAAUGCAUUCCAGCCCUGAGAGUCUUAGGCAAUAAAAGUGCAACUAAUGUAACGUGUGGUGAUGAUAAACAUCUUAGCUACCUAGCUAUCUAUAGCAACGUUGAAUACCAUGCAUGAUUACAUUUUUUGUCUAGUUGUUUACUUGGUUGAAGUAACGUUCUGUAUCGUUAUGCUUUUUAUCGCAUGCAUUGUGCAGCAUGUUUAUGUGACCUAAAAAUAAACCCAAGCAGUUGGCUAGCCUGCUAACUAGCUUGCAAUGUUGUUCAUUUGCACAAAUACCAAACUAGCUAAAUGGCAGAAACAUUUGGCAUUCGAUCAUGGAAAGUAAAUGCUCGUGAACAUUGGCUUCUAAUUUAAACUUCCAUGUUCUAUCGUGUUGUUGUUGUCAGUGUGCGGGUGUAGUUGUGGAGAUACAUUGCUUGUUACGUUGUUUCUUUUAAGUAGCCAAUGAAGAGUUUAGAUACUGAUAAAUUGUAGCCUAUUUGCGGGCUUACAUACUUUUCCUUUGAAGUUGUCAAGUUUGCUUUCCAAUCAUUUGUUGUUUACAUUCUUGGCUCGCGCACACCUAAAAGAGGCUGAAAUAUUAAUAAACAAUAAUGUACUCUUGGAUAUUGUUAGUGCAUUUAGAAUGUACGUUAGUACUUACUUCCUGUCUAGCAAGUUUUCAAGUUGAAUACAUUUUUCAUGACAUAUUAAUGCGAUUCACUGUUUUGUUUUUUAUCUGUGUAUUUAUUUGUGUGUUUUAGUUCUCAUAGUGCUGAUUGAUACUGUUGCUAGUCAGUCGUAAAACAAUUGAAUUAUAUAGCUAUCAUAAAUACACAACCAAAAGUACCUAAUAGACUCAAGGAAAAAGCUCAGACGUCCCCUCUUGUCCUUUGCACUCCUACUACUAGCUAGACCAAUCUAAGAACUUCUCAGUAGUGCACCAACUAUAGGUUUCCAGCAAUGCAUAGUAUUUUUCCUGUACAGUAUGUACUGUAUGACAGAUGUGAACAAUUCCCCUUCACGAAGGUUAAAUAGAUAAAUAUUGAUGGACAUGAAUCGUCCUUUUCCAAAGCAUUUGACAGUAGAGCUGAAUGAACAGGACAGGCUAGUAGUGAAUGACUGGUUGCUGUAUUGCAAUAGCAGGGAGAUAUUUUACUGCAGACUAAGAUGAGCUCACACACUGAACAGACAUUGUGGUUUUAGGCUGAAAGAAUGCAGUGAACACAGCUUGGCACUUUUCCCACAACUAAUAGUUCUCAGGAGUCUUAUUGCAAUUCUCGUUUGUCUUUGAAGUUAAGCGGCUUUUGCUUGCACAUUUCUGGGUGGUGAAGUUUGUUUGUAGAUUAGUUGGUAUGUGUUUAUAACACAUUAUUUUCAUAAAUCAAUAGUCACGCCACAACGGCCCUGCUAGACUAUGUCUCUUGUCAAGAUAAGUUCUCAGCCUUGGGUAGAAGAUUGUAAUUGUAACACUCAUCAAACUCAUUUAGAGCCGGGCAGGAUUAGAACAAAAACCAACACUGCAGCAGACAAAUGUUGUGCUGAUGGAAAGGCUGGACGAGACGAGAGAGCAGACCAAGUGGAUUUGCAUUUCUCCCGAGUUUUCCAAGAUGCAAACAGACUAGUUUCAUGUGUUGCAGCGGGACGGUGAGACCGUGACAGAGAGAUGCUGGUAGUGGUGGUGGGGUGUCUCUCUGUCUGCUCAGGGAUGGUUUGAGCAACUUCAACUGUUGCAUGUCUCUGAUUCAGAAAACUUUAAUGUCCUUGAGGCAAUUCAUUUAGCAGCAGUCAAAGUACAUAAAGACAAGAUCACAUAUUAAAAUGUAAAACACAACAACAGAAAAAAGCAACAGAUAUUUACUUGCUGCGAUUCUCACAAUUCUAUAUGUAAUGCGAUUUGAUGUUCCAAACAUCUUGCUCACUAUAUGUCUGCUGCAGAGAGAGCAUGAGAAAACAAGUUUUGAUCAUUCAGGGCAAUAUAUACAAAAGUGCUGAAAACAUGCUGGCUCACUAUUUAAAAAGAUGAUGGAGAACAAGCUUUAUGAUGAAAAAUACUGGAGUUUUGCAUCAGGUACAGCCAACUAGCGCUAGCUAAUGCUACCUACAGUAGCAAAACACUUUUUACAAAUCAAUACUUGGAGUCAAAUAUUGAUAUAAUAUAGUCCAAAAAUAAUAUUGCGAUAUGUAACUGUUUACAAAAAGUUGGCAGGAUAGUGCAAAGGUUUGCAUGUGCAUUGGGAAUGUCAGGAAGGGAAAGCAAGGGAAGGGAAGGCAGCUGUUGCACUUAGUGUGUUCCACAAUGGGACCUGGAGCUCUGAGCUGUGAGAGGGAAGGUGAGCGAAGCUGAGCAUCUGACGAAAGGAGGGGUCGUAACCCGCAAAUCCCAAACAGAUUUUACAUCAACUUUCUGAGUCCGUCAAAUGGCUUUGCCCUCAGAUUCCCCUAUAGCCGCUAUGGUGGUUUGCCCUGAUGGCCUCGGCAUCUGAAAAGGGAAACUUAACUCGACCCUGGUUCUUGCACUACUGGUGGGAGGACAUUUUGCAUACACAGUUGCCUACAUACCUGAGCAUUAUACUAACACUCAGCUAGUCGUGUCAGUUUGAAGGAAACACACAGGUUUCCCUGACACAUUCAGACUGUAACUCAGAUGUAGACUAUAUUUUUAAAAUAUUGAUUGAUUGAUUGACCGCAGAAGGCACACAGACUCUUGCCGGCGCAAUCUGCCUCUGGAAGAUUGCCACAUAGUAUUUGCAGAGAAUAGCCUAGUUUAUGGAUUGAAAGCUUGGACUUGAUCUUUGACAGGGAGAGCGGCCAUUCCACGGCUUUGAAAAGCCUAACAUUGACAGAGAAAAACAUAAAAACAAUUCAGAGCUGUCAUCAAAAGAUUCAGAGCUGUCAUCAAAAGAAUGGAUUGUGUGAUGAAAAUAAAUUUCUGAAGAAGAAUAAGUAAGACGGGCAUAUAUGCAGGCUUACAGUCCAAGCACCACCCGUUUCAGAAACAGUCAGUUUCUAUAAUUGCGGAGGAUCUGGUUUCACACUUAACAAUUUUUUCCCUCCCUUUUAUUUCCGUGCAGCACAGAUGUUUCUCUGCAAGAUGCAGGUGUCAGGUAGUUCCUCACACCACUAUGUCUGCCAUCGUGAGAGAGAGAGGGCUUGGUGGAUGGAGUUUCUGAAACAGAAACUGCAGCAACAGUAGUAGUAUACUGGUGAAAGGAAUAAUCUAAACUCAGCAAAAAAAAGAAACGUCCUCUCACUGUCAACUGUGUUUAUUUUCAGCAAACAACAUGUGUAAAUAUUUGUAUGAACAUAACAAGAUUCAACAACUGAGACAUAAACUGAACAAGUUCCACAGACAUGUGACUAACAGAAAUGGAAUAAUGUGACCCUGAACAAAGGGGGGGUCAAAAUCAAAAGUAACAGUCAGUAUCUGGUGUGGCCACCAGCUGCAUUAAGUACUGCAGUGCAUCUCCUCCUCAUGGACUGCACCAGAUUUGUCAGUUCUUGCUGUGAGAUGUUACCCCACUCUUCCACCAAGGCACCUGCAAGUUCCCGGACAUUUCUGGGGGGAAUGGCCCUAGCCCUCACCCUCCGAUCCAACAGGUCCCAGAUGUGCUCAAUGGGAUAGUGAUCCGGGCUCUUCGCUGGCCAUGGCAGAACACUGACAUUCUUGUCUUGCAGGAAAUCACACACAGAACGAGCAGUAUGGCUGGUGGCAUUGUCAUGCUGGAAGGUCAUGUCAGGAUGAGCCUGCAGGAAGGGUACCACAUGAGGGAGGAGGAUGUCUUCCCUGUAACGCACAGCGUUGAGAUUGCCUGCAAUGACAACAAGCUCAGUGCGAUGAUGCUGUGACACACUGCCCCAGACCAUGACGAACCCUCCACCUCCAAAUCGAUCCCGCUCCCGAGUACAGGCCUCGGUGUAACGCUCAUUCCUUUGACGAUAAACACAAAUCCGACCAUCACAUCUGGUGAGACAAAACCGCGACUCGUCAGUGAAGAGCACUUUUUGCCAGUCCUGUCUGGUCCAGCGACGGUGGGUUUGUGCCCAUAGGCGACGUUGUUGCUGGUGAUGUCUGGUGAGGACCUGCCUUACAACAGGCCUACAAGCCCUCAGUCCAGCCUCUCUCAGCCUAUUGCGAACAGUCUGAGCACUGAUGGAGGGAUUGUGCGUUCCUGGUGUUACUCGGGCAGUUGUUGUUGCCAUCCUGUACCUGUCCCGCAGGUGUGAUGUUCGGAUGUACCGAUCCUGUACAGGUGUUGUUACACGUGGUCUGCCACUGCGAGGACGAUCAGCUGUCCGUCCUGUCUCCCUGUAGCGCUGUUUUAGGCGUCUCACAGUACGGACAUUGCAAUUUAUUGCCCUGGCCACAUCUGCAGUCCUCAUGCCUCCUUGCAGCAUGCCUAAGGCAUGUUCACGCAGAUGAGCAGGGACCCUGGGCAUCUUUCUUUUGGUGUUUUUCAGAGUCAGUAGAAAGGCCUCUUUAGUGUCCUAAGUUUUCAUAACUGUGUCCUUAAUUGCCUACCAUCUGUAAGCUGUUAGUGUCUUAACGACCGUUCCACAGGUGCAUGUUCAUUAAUUGUUUAUGGUUCAUUGAACAAGCAUGGGAAACAGUGUUUAAACCCUUUACAAUGAAGAUCUGUGAAGUUAUUUGGAUUUUUACGAAUUAUCUUUGAAAGACAGCGUCAUGAGUUUAGUAGUACAGCAGCUCAUACUUGAUGUACCGGUAGGCUAUAGGCCUAUAUGAUAAAUGAACAUGGGCUUGUGAAUAGUGUCUUGUCUGGAACAGCAUUUGAAUGCCCUUGAGCAAGAUUCCUGAUGUGAGAUAUUUGCUAUGAUGUUGCUUGAUGAAUUGGUAAUGUGUGAAGAGGCUGGGAGUUGGUGUUCCUGCCAAUCAUAAUAAAUCCUAACAAUGAAAAACAUAUGUAGGGACACGUGGGAAAGAGUAGUGUUGAGGAAAGUCUUUUUUAUUUUAUUUAUAGUCAUAUCUUGUAAAUUUUGAUAGAUUGUGUCACUAAACUCAACAGCCUGCUUCGCUUUCAAUAUUUGGUAUAAAUCUCUCUUAAAAAAUAAAUCUAUAUUUUUGUCGUUACAGUUGCUCAUAGUAGUUACAAUUGCUCAUAGUAGUUACAGUUGCUCAUCAUAUUCUAGUCAGAUCAUUGUAGCGUUUUGAUAUCUGUGGCGUUCUGACUGGCCACUGUGGCCAGCUUAUGGCCUUCCUGGCUGCCAUGUUAUAAUGGAUAACUAACUUGUUGUUGUGGUCCAGCUUGGGUCCAGUUGACACCACAGAGCGCUCUGUUUUGACAACACCACCCCCCACCACAAAUCUCCCAGCUUAUCCCCGGCUAGGCUAAAGACUAUUGCGCCGCUACCACAACCAUGCUUAAUCAUUCGCUCACGCUCAUAGUGUUUCAAUUGAUUGAAAUGUACCUGCCAAUUUCAUUGUAAUUGUCUAUUUCUAACAAAGUCAAAGUGACAGUUUGUCAACUUGAACAUAUCGCCUGGCAGCGGAAAAUAGCCCGCCUCAAGAAUCUGUAGAAGGCCCAGUUCACGCAAAUCAGUUGUGCUGCCAGGAUAGAUAGGAGGGCCAGCUCCAUCAAGAGAAGUACUGUAAGGCAAUAUAGCAACAUAGGUUGUGAUGAUAGUGUUGGUCUUUGCAGUCGUUCAGUGUAUGACAUGGGCACUGAGUGUAAGCCUAAGACACUGGAAGGCAUGAUGUAUUCGGAGGUGGGUGGUGUGUGUGUGAGAGACAGUGUAUAGCCUCAGUGUAGGACAUGGACCCAGGAAGCGCUGACUGGUUGUACGUACGUAGGGCCUGCUGUCUGAUGAGCCUCAGCCAGCCGCCAGGGGUAAGCAGGCAGCUGUAGCAGUGGAGCGUAAUGUUCCUGCCUUAACACUUCAUAACCCUGUAGUACCCUGUGCUGCUGCCAGUGAUUUACAACCUAUGAAUUUCUCUGUGUUGUGUUCCCCCUCUCUGUAAAAGCCGGACAGCAUUGGUUUAUACAGAGCACACUCCCCAAAGCACUCAUCAUUAAAAAGGAUUAAGGUGGUCAGAGCCCAUUUACAAGCAUUAGGGAGGUUUUUUUCUCAGAGCAUUGAACAUGUUGUUCAUGUUGUUCAUGUUGAGAUUGAAAGCACCUGAAGCUAAAGUGCACACAAUUGGAACAAAAACAAGGCAAUGCUAUUUUUUGCUGCUUUGCUCUUUAGAAAUGUUUCUUUCUGUUUAUAUUGAAGCCUUUCCUCUAGGUCUCCUAUCUAUCUAUCUAUCUAUCUAUCUAUCUAUCUAUCUAUCUAUCUAUCUAUCUAUCUAUCUAUCUAUCUAUCUAUCUAUCUAUCUAUCUAUCUAUCUAUCUAUCUAUCUAUCUAUCUAUCUAUCUAUCUAUCUAUCUAUCUAUCUAUCUAUCUAUCUAUCUAUCUAUCUAUCUAUCUAUCUAUCUAUCUAUCUAUCUAUCUAUCUAUCUAUCUAUCUAUCUAUCUAUCUAUCUAUCUAUCUAUCUAAUCUAUCCUCCACUCUACAUCUUCCUUUAUCUCUCUCCUUCCAAUAUCUCUCCUCUCUCUCCCCCCUCUAUCUUGUUCUCUUCUUCCUCGAUCUCUCUGUUUUCCCCUCUCCCUUUCCUCUCUUUGUUUUUCUCUUCCUGUGGCUGCCUGCCUGUGUGUCUCCUUGUCAUAUGUGUUUCUCCUGAUGAGGUGGAGGCUCCAUAAAGGAUAAUUAAUGCUUGCUCUUUAAACGUUUAAUGUAACACUAGAAAAGCCUGUCCUCUUUGGACCCCCCUUCAGGCCAAUGGGGAGUAAUUUUGACUUAACAUUCUAACAGUCUAAUAAAUACACAGAGUAUACCAAACAUUAGGAACACCUUCCUAAAAUUGAGUUGCACCCCCCUCUUUUGCCCUCAGAACAGCCUCAAUUCGUCGGGGCAUGGACUCUACAGGGUGUCGAAAGCGUUCCACAUGGAUGCUGGCCAAUGUUGACUCUAAUGCUUCCCACAGUUGUGUCAAGUUGGCUGGAUGUCCCUUGGGUGUUGAGCCAUUCUUGAUACACACGGGAAACUGUUGAGCUUGAAAAAAUCAGCAGCGUUGCAGUUCUUGACACAAACCGGUGCGCCUGGCACCUUCUACCAUACCCUGUUCAAAGGCACUUAAAUCUCUUGUCUUGCCCAUUCAACCUCUGAAUGGCACACAUACACAAUCCAUGUCUUAAUUGUCUCAAUCUACACUGAUUGAAGUGGAUUUAACAAGUGACAUCAAUAAGGGAUCAUAGCUUUCACCUGGUCAGUCUAUGUCAUGGAAAGAGCAAGUGUUCUUAAUGUUUUGUAUACUCCGUUUACAUUUCAUGUAUGCUAUUUGAAAAUUAAUACUUUGGUGUUUAUUGGAAAAAUAAUACUUUGGUGUUUAUGAAGGUCUUGGGUAACAUUAGAAUAUGAAAAAAUAUUUUUAAACGCUAGCAUUUUCAUUAGUUUAUGUUACCAUUUUUUACAUUAAAAAAAACAUUUUUUGUCAUUUAGCAGGCGCUCUUAUCCAGAGCAACUUACAGUUAGUGAGUGCAUACAUUAUUUAAUUUUUCAUACUGGCCCCCCCGUGGGCCAGUACCGUAGGCUAUCUGUUGCCACGUGCUCACCUGUCUAAUGCUUGGAAAAAGUGAUAUUUUGAAAUAGAGCUCAUCUCUUCAAUUUUGAUAGAUGGUUUGGAAAACCUCAGAAUCUGCUCUUUCUGAUACUAUAUAGAAGCGUCUUACCUGCAUGUGACAAUGUAGGAGGAUUUGAAAAAGUCACUUUUCCUCUUAAAACUGCUUAUAACACAUUCUGUUUGUGAUAUCGAAAUUCUAACAACAUGCAGUACGUGUGUUAAAUAUACUUAUUUAGGAAAAGGACAGAGGGGGGCAAUUUCAAAAUGAUCCCCUUGGCCUUUCUAGUGUUCAAAUAUUUACCCACAGUUACCUGGCUCCUGUGGCUGUUGCAGUGGCUGACUCCCUCCCUCCCUCCCUCCCAGGCUGACCUGACUGGGAUCAAAUGGAAGCGGUACGUGUGGCAGGGCCCCACCUCUGCGCCCAUCCUCUUCCCGGUGACCGAGGAGGACCCCAUCCUGUGCAGCUUCAGCCGCUGCCUCAAGGCGGACGUGCUGAGCGUGUGGCGGCGGAGCCAGAGGCCCGGACGUAGGGAGCUCUGGCUCUUCUGGUGGGGGGACGACCCUAACUUCGCCGAGCUGAUCCAUCACGAACUUACAGGUGAGACUGAGGAUAGAGGGAGUGGGCGCUCAUACACACACACACACACACACACACGCUAACCGGAAUAGAAUACCUGCCAUGGUCCAAUAACUUCAAACAGCAGUACUAAGCCUGUGUGAUGGCUUUGGCUUAUAUAUAUAUUUUUAAUUGUAUUAUACAGUGAGGGGAAAAAGUAUUUGAUCCCCUGCUGAUUUUGUACGUUUGCCCACUGACAAAGACAUGAUCAGUCUAUAAUUUUAAUGGUAGGUUUAUUUGAACAGUGAGAGACAGAAUAACAACAAAAAAAUCCAGAAAAACGCAUGUAAAAAAUGUUAUAAAUUGAUUUGCAUUUUAAUGAGGGAAAUAAGUAUUUGACCCCUCUGCAAAACAUGACUUAGUACUUGGUGGCAAAACCCUUGUUGGCAAUCACAGAGGUCAGACGUUUCUUGUAGUUGGCCACCAGGUUUGCACACAUCUCAGGAAGGAUUUUGUCCAACUCCUCUUUGCAGAUCUUCUCCAAGUCAUUAAGGUUUCGAGGCUCAAAUCAAAUCAAAUCAAAUUUUAUUGGUCACAUGCGCCGAAUACAACAGGUGCAGACAUUGCAGUGAAAUGCUUACUUACAGCCCUUAACCAACAGUGCAUUUAUUUUAAACAAAAAAAGUAAGAAUAAAACAACAACAACAAAAAAGUGUUGAGAAAAAAAGAGCAGAAGUAAAAUAAAGUGACAGUAGGGAGGCUAUAUAUACAGUAAAAUAAAGUGACAGUAGGGAGGCUAUAUAUACAGGGGGGUACCGUUGCAGAGUUGCAGGGGGGGUACCGUUGGCUGACCCAUUUUCAAUGCCCUGGCUGAGGGAAGGAGGUUCUCACCCAAGAUUUGACGGUACAUGGCCCCGUCCAUCGUCCCUUUGAUGCGGUGAAGUUGUCCUGUCCCCUUAGCAGAAAAACACCCCCAAAGCAUAACGUUUCCACCUCCAUGUUUGACGGUGGGAUGGUGUUCUUGGGGUCAUAGGCAGCAUUCCUCCUCCUCCAAACACGGCGAGUUGAGUUGAUGCCAAAGAGCUCCAUUUUGGUCUCAUCUGACCACAACACUUUCACCCAGUUCUCCUCUGAAUCAUUCAGAUGUUCAUUGGCAAACUUCAGACGGGCAUGUAUAUGUGCUUUCUUGAGCAGGGGGACCUUGCGGGCGCUGCAGGAUUUCAGUCCUUCACGGCGUAGUGUGUUACCAAUUGUUUUCUUGGUGACUAUGGUCCCAGCUGCCUUGAGAUCAUUGACAAGAUCCUCCUGUGUAGUUCUAGGCUGAUUCCUCACCGUUCUCAUGAUCAUUGCAACUCCACGAGGUGAGAUCUUGCAUGGAGCCCCAGGCCGAGGGAGAUUGACAGUUCCUUUGUGUUUCUUCCAUUUGCGAAUAAUCGCACCAACUGUUGUCACCUUCUCACCAAGCUGCUUGGCGAUGGUCUUGUAGCCCAUUCCAGCCUUGUGUAGGUCUACAAUCUUGUCCCUGACAUCCUUGGAGAGCUCUUUGGUCUUGGCCAUGGUGGAGAGUUUGGAAUCUGAUUGAUUGAUUGCUUCUGUGGACAGGUGUCUUUUAUACAGGUAACAAACUGAGAUUAGGAGCACUCCCUUUAAGAGUGUGCUCCUAAUCUCAGCUCGUUACCUGUAUAAAAGACACCUGGGAGCCAGAAAUCUUUCUGAUUGAGAGGGGGUCAAAUACUUAUUUCCCUCAUUAAAAUGCAAAUCAAUUUAUUUUUGACAUGCGUUUUUCUGGCUCUCACUGUUCAAAUAAACCUACCAUUAAAAUUAUAGACUGAUCAUUUCUUUGUCAGUGGGCAAACGUACAAAAUCAGCAGGGGAUCAAAUACUUUGUAUACAUUGUAUAUAUUUUUAGAGUUUAUUAGUCACAUACACAGGGUCACAGAUGUAAUUGCAGGAUACAGUGAUAUUCUUAAGCUCUGAGCUCCAACAGUGCAGGUCAAAAAGAGAAGUGAAUGAAACAAUAAUACAAAUAAUAUUAAUAAUAUAUACAUAUUUACAACUGUAACAAUUAUAAAUGUCCAUUGGGGGGUGGGGGCAGGGUAAAAUGUCUGUGGAGGGGAGUAGUAUAUCCCCGAUGGAAUGCCCUAUAAGGGGAGCAGCAGGGGGGAAAGUGAGAGGUGAAUGAAACAAUGAUAAAUAUAAGACUGAAGAAUACAGUCCCAGCAAAGGCCCUCUCAGACCAUGUUUCAGAUUGCCUUUGCUGCUCACAAGAGAUAAAUGAGGGAUUCAUGUUUCUUUCAAUUAACCUUUUUACGCAUUCAUCUAAGGUUACAGAGCUGGUUAAAUGGGUGAUUAUUGUAAAAGACUGUGAAAAGGAGCCUCUUGAGUGCUGCAGACCUCAGAGCAAUACCUAAGCCUGUGGUGAUAAUGAUGAUAGUUAAUGUGCUGGUUGUAUAAUGUAAAAUAUUACAAGGUUCAGGACAGGGGUUGAUUGUCAGGCUGACUGACGCUGUGAGCUCUGGGGAGAUCAAUUCACUGUAAGUGAGAGCUUAGAAGGUGAUAGCGUUAACCAGUUAGCUCCCUUAGUUUCCCCCUCAUCCCAUAAAUGACAAGCAGCCAGCCUGGCUGAGAACAGCCUUCACCUGCAGGUCAACUCCCACUGUUUGGAGCAAACACCAUUUUUUUCUGUGUGUGUGUGCGCGCACUGUGAGCCUUAUCAUGGCAUCUAAGCACCUUCCGCCCUCCAGCACACGAUAAAGCAGCGCCCUGCACUUCGUGUCGCCGAGGCUAUAUAAGAAAGCUUAUCGCAUCUUCCCAUUUAAAAAAGAGGAUAGAAAAAAGGGGAAGAGAAAUGGAGCUCCUCCUCCUCCUCAUGACUUCUGUGAAAAAUUGAGUAUGCAGGAGCAACGAUGCAGAAACAAGCCUAACACAUCAUGGAGGUCUGGCCUGGUGCGCUGUCUUCUCUUUUUUCCCUCCCUCCAUCCUCGCAUCAUUUAUUUUUUUCUGCAGCAGCAGUGGAGGAUGGACGGAGACCAUCUUUAUUCAUGCUCUCUGGCGGGGAGAUUGAACUCCUAAGUCUGAGCCGUGACACACACACCUACACACACACAUAGCCGGCCCGUGGCCCUCCUUCAUUAUGACACGUUGUGCCUGAAGUGGGUUGGAAGUGGAAGCUAAAAGGCGUGAUGGCAGCCAAUCCAGCCCUGGUGGGCCCCGGUAAUAACCUGCAGGGCUGGAGGAUUAAAUGGACUGUGUGUGUGUGUGUGGACAGUGGUGGUAUGAUGCAUUGGAGCCUCUCCUGGGCGUGAAGGUGUGAAGCAACACACAGAAAAUGGUGACAACGUGUGUGUUUUAGUAGCAGUGAUCGGGCUGGCCGAUCCAUCGGCAGUCAUCUGGAAUGCCACCACCAGCCAUUGUCAGCUGCUUAACACCUUGCCCUUUUCCCUCUGUGCAAGUGGCUGAUGGGUUUGACCUUUCGCUCAGUCAAACCGUCCAAGUCAAAUUGGGGUAAUCCCUGGAAAUGUUAAGCACUUUUUUGUUUGUCAUUUUUUUACCCCCCCUUAUUGCAAUGUUGGUGGUAAACAUGAAAAUCUGUUAUAUUCUUUCAUGUCGGCAGCAGAAAUGGCGGCGGCUCCUUUUCCCCUUCCACACUCAUUAGAUUAACGGCCUGUGAAAGUCUUUUAAUUUUGAGCAAGUGCCAUUUCUGUGUAAACCAGUGGGCCAGUAAUCCCUUCGAGAGAGGGAGAGAGAUAUCUUUUAACGGCUGACACUUAAUCACCAUUCAAGGAGCACAGAGAGAGAGGGCAGUGGGGUAGGGGAGUGGGGGGUAGGUGGUGGGGUUAGGGGAACAGACUGCUAGCUAGGCCCUGCACUAUUCUCCCCGUGUCGGAGAGGGACAAAUUACCCUGUUCUUUAUCAGAACAUUUGAGAAAACCAAUUCUAAUCUUCCUCUGGCCAUGCACAGAAAAUAUUCCAAGCAAGCGAACGGCAGCGAUUGCUAAAUUAAACGGCUUGCAUAGUGUUUUUAUUCUCAUGCAAAUCCCCCCCCCCCCCCCCCCCCCCCCCCCCCCCACACAACCCCCCCGCUCGCCCCCAGAAGCCGGUGGUGGAGUCUCUCUCCUAUCCAGGGGCAUCCUCCACAGAUAAAUGCCAGCAGGGUUUUUUCCCGCCCUCAAAGAACGACUGAUCUUUUUUGCAUAGAAAUUAGGACCAGAGGUCUGUCUGUCUGGGAGGGUAAUUGUUUGGUGGUGAAUUUCUCCCUGGUUCCUGGGCCUGCCACUCGUGUGCCCCCUCUCCCUCCCUCUUUCUCUCCUCCAUCCCUCCCUCCUGCUCUUCCAGGCCCCAGUGGGCCUGCCUCGUAUGGCAGUCUCUCUCUCUCUGUCGCGUUGUCUUUUUGUCCGUCUUUCCCUCCCUCUCUCUCCCCUGGGCAUUACCAGCCCUCCCUACCUGUUCCCUCCCUCCGCUCCAGCCUCCACACAGCUGCAGGUGACUCCAAGGCUGCAGGCUGCAGGCUGCAGGCUCCACUUUGCAAUCAUGGCUCCCAUCCAGUCAGUGUGUUUCCCCGUCUUUCUGAUGAAAUUGAAAAAGUUUCCCAAGCAGAUGAAGCCCAGAAAACUUUUUGUAGUGUAAAAAGACCUAGAUUUAAAUCUCUUUCCCAAGCGACCGCUGUAGGUAGUGUGUGGGACACAUCCCAAGCAUUUCGCUACACCCGCAAUAUAUAAUAUAAUAUAAUAAUAUAAUAUGCCAUUUAGCAGACGCUUUUAUCCAAAGCGACUUAGCAAUAACAUCUGCUAAACACGUGUAUGUGACCAAUACAUUUGAUUUGAUUUUGAUUUGUGGUACAGUGUAAAUACAAUGGCUCUCUGACACCCCAUGUCCCUGCAAGAAGUACCUUCAUUACCUUAAUACCGGAAAACAGCAUGUUGUUCUGUUAGCCAAAUUGAAAACUAAAGGCUUUUAAAGUGUCCACCCAAUUGUGAAUCUUUGCAAUAAUCAAGUGUGCAACAUUAUGUGCAAUAUGGUUUAGAUGAGAAGCUCCUGUAUAGUUUGAAUUGCUAUCCUUAUUUUGUUUGUCUAUAUACUAUGGUAUUUACGGUAUGCUAAUAGCUGUACACACACGAAGCAGGAAUGUGGCUUUGGCCACACCACAUCCAAGGCUAAUGUAAGGAUAUUGUAAACAUAAAAUGUGCAAAUCGGAUGUUGAAGGGAGAUAGAUCUUACUACACAUUUUACUCAUGUAAAACAGCCUAAUAUGAGCUUUCUGUGUGGAGGUUUAAAGGGAAAGGAAGAGAGUUGUCUGUUGUGCAGAGCAGGAUCUCUUAUCAGCCCAGUCAUCUCCAUUGUGCUCCCUGGGGCGCCACAACUGAGCAGCACACGCAUUCAGUUAUUACUGCAUGUUGGGUCAGAUCUCUAGAGAGGAGGGAGGGAGGGAGGAAAGUGCACUUGUCUUUCAUUGGUCCCUCUGCUGUUUAACGGACGGACAACCACGUUGUUUUGGAUGUUUGUAGGGACUGAGGGGAAGGAGAUGGGCUUAAUUUAGCUUCGCUCUCGAAGGCUUUAUUUUAGUAUGGAUGUGUGUGGCACUAACAAUCUGCUGGCAUAGCUCUGCUCUUGUUAGUUUUUGUUGGCUCUGCCAAAGUCUUUGGACAUUUCCUGCCCAUUCUUUACUAUUCAGAACAGCUCUGAUGUGCACCUCUCAGUGCAGCGCCAAGCUCCCAAGGGCAUAUUUCAGUACCCUGGAGGGGCAGAGCAAGCCAAAGUUUUCACUUUGUCUGCAGGUCAGGUCUUUGUUUCUCUUCCUUGCCCUGACUCCUGUGAAGAUGGCUGCCCCUCAGAUUGAAUGAGGCAUCUGGUGAAAAUACAUCCAUCUCUUAGAUCUGUGGGAAAGACAAAAACAUUAUAUGCAGAUAUUGUUGUUUUUGUCAGCCUCUUUCCUACCGACUCAAAAAUAUCUCAAGGAGCACAUCUUGAUUGUGCCAGUUGCUCAAGGACGUAUGAUUUCAAACAAUUUAUAUGCUGCGGACCUAGUUUACUGUGUGUUCUUUUUUACUGUCUUUUUCUCCUUAUGAAAAAUGACAAUCACCGGUGAAGUGUUUUGAUUUGAGUGGGAAAAACUGAAAUGGGCUUGACAUGCACACACACACAUACACACACACACACACACAUACAUACGACGUGAAUGUAACAAGCUGAGAGAGCUUUCGGUUGACGUUCUUGCUUCACAUUUCAAAAGUACCGCAAAUGUCAUAGUAGCCACUAGCCAGGAGGCUAAGCAUUGCAAACUAUUCAACUAGCUAGCUACCUACUAGCUAAUGUUAAGCAAGCAACUCUUCAUGCGUGACUGUAAGUCCAAAGAGUCUGCUAAAUGGCAUAUUAUAUUAUUAUAUUAUAUUAUAUUAUAUUAUAUUACACUCUUAAUUAUUGCAACAAAACAAUAAUACACUCUUGGAUAAUGCAACAAUUCACAAGCAUAUCCAGACAAUUACAGGGUUUAGUUUCUCAUCUGUACAUUACAUUUUAGCUUCUAGACUGAUGUUCAACCUUCCCAAGAUCUCUCAUGUCACCCCGCUCCUCCGCACACUCCACUGGCUUCCAGUUGAAGCUUGCAUCUACUACUAAACCAUGGUGCUUGCCUACGGAGCUGUGAGGGGAACGGCACCUUCUUACCUUCAGGCUCUGAUCAGACCCUACACCCAAAUGAGUGCACUACGUUCAUCCACCUCUGGCCUGCUAGCCCCCCUACCUCUACGGAAGCACAGUUCCCGCUCAGCCCAGUCAAAGCUAUUCGCUGCUCUGGCACCCCAAUGGUGGAACAAGCUCCCCCACGACGCCAGGACAGCGGAGUCACUGACCACCUUCCGGAGACACUUGAAACCCUACCUCUUUAAGGAAUACCUGGAAUAGUAUAACAGUAAUCCUUCUACCCCCCCCCCCCCCCCCCCCCCCCCCCAUGGAAAAAAAAAGGGGAGUGGUUGUCCCAUUGGCUAUCCUAAGUUGAAUGCACCAAUUUGUAAGUCGCUCUGGAUAAGAGCGUCUGCUAAAUGACUUAAAUGUAAAAAGACAAAAGCACAGAGUUACUGCUAGCUAAAGCUAACAAUGUGUCUUCAUCAAGUAACGUUAGCCUAUCAAAAAUGAACGAUUACCCAUCUAAUAUGAAUAUAAAAUUGCAGUGGGUCUACCAUACAACAUUACAACAACCCAUGCUUCAUAUUUAUCAAUAUCAUGCAAAUCAUUAGCCUACAUGUGGUAAAAGCAAAUUGCGACUGAAAACUUGGAUAUAAUUCACCAGGGAGUUGAGAUGUUGAGCUGUUUUAUAUAAAAGCCCAUUCCCGCCACCCAAAAAUAACAUGCAUAUAGAUCAUACAUAUAGGUUAUGUUUCUUCAUUUUGGCAUUGUGUGGCGAUUUCCAUCUAUCCACGUCACAGAGAUCCGCACAGCAGGGCCGCCGACAAACGUGUGGUGAGCUGGCAUUUGCCUAAGCACACGAGGGACAAAGUACUAUUGUUUAGACUGAUUCGCCUCAUGAUUUGUUUGUUAGGAUUUUAAUGUUUUCAUCCUCCCUAGGGCCAGGGGUUUUUCCAGGAUAAUAUAUUUUUUUAACCAUAUGACCUGAUUAGAAAGAUCUGGUCACAUCAUAGCCCAUAUAUAACCGUUUUUUACAAAUUAUUUAUUACUGUCAUACCCAGAGUUUUACCUUGUUAGGUUAAAUCAGGAAAAACUCUGGGACCUUUGGUGCCAUCUCUGAAAUCACAGCACAAUGUUACAAAUGAAAAAAACAUAUUAUAUUUGUAUGAUCUACUAUCUCAAAAUGUUGACUUACAUAUCUCAACAUUUUGAGCUAGUAUCGGCAGCUACUGCGACAAUUUCAGAAUGUAACAGGCUGUUAAUGCAAUUUCAGGUAAAACAAUUUCAGCUGUUUCAAAAACAUUGCUCUGCUUUUACCAUUUAUACUGUAGGAGUGUUGAGCUCAACGAGACAAUUCUGUUUACGCUGAGUAUCGUGUGCGACACAACAGUAUUUCCCUUUGCUAUCAUGAAUGUGAAAACGGUCUAAGACUUCACUUGACAAGUGCAACUGCCUUCAUAGUGUCAGUUUUCCUCCCUCUGGAUAUAAUUGAUAAACAUUACAUGAUUAAGUGAGAUGGAGUAGUUCAAGCUUAUCUCAACGCAUAUCCGAAAGGCUUUCUAUUGUUAUCUGGCCACACCUGAGGAAAAACAUGUAUGUUUGCCCACCCAGAUGUUCUGCAUACAAUUUGAACACAACCAAGCUGUAGCCGCUCUCAAUUACGCUAAGCUUGCUUGAGGUUGUUUGGAUUAAGGUUGGUUGUGGUUGCAGCAGAACUGUAGCGGCAGGGCUGUUGAUGUGGAUCUAAGAUCAUUGGUGAGCAAUAUUCCCUAUUAACCCAGGCUAAAGAUUCUGAGCGCUUCGGUUUGACCCUGUUCUCUGUGUCAGCCGUGAAAGGCUUCUGA